AUGGCAGCAACUUCUGAUCCCCCACCUAACAAGAAGCCAUGGCUUCCAUUCAAGUCUCAACUAGAGUUUGAAGUUGCUCAGAUUGCUCUCGAGGCUGCGCUGAACAAUGACCAAACUGAUUGGCUUAUUAAGAUCUGCUGCCAGUGCGCUAUCGGGAAUGACAAGUUCACCUUUGAAAACCACAAGGACAUUCACAAGAAAUGGGAUGCAGUGUCUCAAUGUGUCACGGGGGUGGUUCAAUUUCUUUUAAUGGUGUCCAUUCAUCUGACAUGA